AUGAGUCUUAUUGAAUUACAAGGAAAUAAAAAUAGUGGAUUAUCCGUUUUACGUACAUUUAGAUUAUUACGUGUACUUAAACUUGGCAGAUUUAUGCCAACACUUAGACGACAAUUGGUUUUAACUCAAGAAGAUUGGAAUGAAGUACUUUACAAUGGCAUGGAAAAUACAAGUGCAUGGGCAGCUUUGUAUUUUAUUGCAUUCAUGACAUUUGGAAAUUAUGUUUUAUUUAAUUUACUUGUUGCUAUUCUUGUUGAAGGAUUUUCUCUACAGAAAAAAUGGGUAAUAAUUCUGAUACUGGAAGUAAUUCAAAUUGAUAUGGAAAAGUUGAUCCAUUCAAAGUUAGAAGAAUUAUUUACAGGUGAUAUUGAUAUAACUGAUAAUUCACAUGAUUUAAUUAGUAAUGAAACAGAAAGUCAUAAACAAACAAAAGUAAAAAUAAUGAGUAUACUAAAAAAAAUUGCAAUAAGUAAUAAAAAUGAUUCAAGCUUACGUGUUGUUGAAAAUCAAUUAAAUAAAAGUUCAAAUUCAAAUAAUUCAUCACCAUAUAAAUCAAUAAUUAAAAUUCGUUCAUCUCAACUUCAAUCAUUAUCAUCAUCAACAAUACAAAGUUUUCAUACAUGUAUUGAAUCAAUGGAUAAAUAA